AUGGUUACAAAUACAGCAUGUGUAGGCUGGUUGCUCAAGAAGUUCUUCUGUAAAGCGUGCGGCAAACGCUACAAGUGGAAAGGUGACCUGAGCCGCCACCAGCGCUACGAGUGCGGCAAGGAGCCGCAGUUCGCUUGUCCUCACUGUCCCCACCGCAGUCGUCACAAACAGGAUCUCAAGACUCACGUAGCCUUCAAGCAUUCCAACUUCUCCAAAAGUGAGUUUUCGCCGCUAGAACAGAAGCAGUACGCUUGUGUGUGCGGCAAGCAGUACAAGCGCGCUACUCAUCUGUACCGACACCAGCGCUUCGAGUGCGGCAAAGGACCGCAGUUCGCUUGUCCCCAGUGUAACAAGCGAUACAUGCGGAAGGACAAGAUGAAAGCUCACCUGGCUCGCAAGCACUCCCACGUUUCGUCGGAUCCAGCAGCCAGCCUGAAGGCGCACGUCUGCACGACUUGCGGACACCGCUACAAGCGCAAGGCUCACCUGACGCGUCACCAGCGCUACGAGUGUAACGUGGAGCCGCAGUUCGCUUGCUCCUACUGUCCCUACAGGGCCAAGCAGAAGGAGAAGCUCACCCGACACAUGGAGAGAGUGGUCGUGGGAGGGUUGACGCUACUUGUAUGCGGUACCUGCGGUAAGCGGUUCAAGUACAAGGCGAACCUGGGACGUCACUUGCGGUACGAGUGCGGUGUGGAACCGCAAUUCCCCUGCCCACAGUGUCCAUACCGCAAUGAUGACGUGAGGAAACAUAAGUGCUGUACAUGUGGAAAACGCUACAAGAACAAAGGCCACCUCAGUCGACAUCUGCGGUACGAGUGUGACAAGGAACCUCAGUUCACAUGUUCCUACUGUCCGUACCGCACCAAACUUACAGGACGCAAGUCAAAAGGUGCCAAGAAGUACGUCUGUGCGGUCUGCCGCAAGAGAUACCACCACAACCACCACCUCACCCGGCACGUGCGGUACGAAUGCGGUAAAGAACCGCAGUUCCCCUGUCCGCACUGUCCGUACCGCAGCAAACACCGCCACAACUCAGAGGAUAUCAAGAAGUACGUAUGUGAGGUCUGCAACAAAAAGUACGUGCACAAAAAUCAUCUUAAUCGACACGUGCGGUACGAAUGCGGUUACACCUCCCACGUUAGCAAGAGUUACGUGUGUUCGGUCUGCGGCAAGACUUACGCGAAGAAAGGGACUUUGGCACGUCACGUGCGGUACGAAUGCGGCAAAGAACCGCAGUUCCUUUGUCCACACUGUCCGUACCGCAGCUACGACACAACGGACGGUAAGAAGUACGUGUGUACGAUGUGUGGCAAGAGGUACGGGAAGAAAGGAACGUUAGCUCGCCAUGUGCGGUACGAAUGCGGUAAAGAGCCGGAGUUCCCGUGUCCGCACUGCCCGUACCACAGCAAGCACCGUGGCAACCUCCAGAGACACAUGCUGCUGAAACACUCCACCUCUUCGUGUGAUGUAAGCGAGGAAAAGAGAUUCGGAUGUACCACAUGUGGGAGGAAGUACAAGCACAAUUAUCUGCUGAGACGCCACCUGCAGUACGAGUGCGGUAUAGAGCCUCGGUUCAGCUGUUCACUCUGCCCUUACAAAGAUGUGGAAGAGCCCCAGCGAAAGUUCAAAUGCGACCUGUGUCAACGUUGCUACAAGCACAAGUUCCUGCUGGGUCGUCACCAGCGCUACGAGUGUGGCAAGGAGCCUCAGUACGAUUGCUUGUACUGUCCGUACAAGGCACACUACAAGCAGCGACUCAACACUCACAUGACCAUGCGACACGGGCAUCUCUCUCACGAACGGACGAUUCACCUCCUCAAUUAG